AACUUGGCCUUACUUGCCACCCAAAAAGUGCUGACCUGAGAGGCAGUGAUUUUCUGUGGCCACCCAGAAAGGAGGAAUCUGAGCUGACAGAGAAAACACGACGAGUUAGCUCGUUGGACAGUGACAUGUAGAGGCAGACGCCCAAAGAGGCUUGGUGUCAGUGAUCAAGUUGAGGGGGAAACUGCAGGGAGUAGUUAUCUGGACUUGGCUGGCUGGCAGAUCCCCAAGUUUGUUCAGCCGACAGAUGAGGGUCCAGAAGGUGGCUAACAGGAUGAGGCCUGAUGGCCACGUGGCCACGCAGGGAUUACAAGCCGCAAGAAGAAGGUAAAAAGAUUAGACUCAGAACGGAGCUUUGUUUUUUUUUUAACCUCGUCACUCUUGUCACACUGACAGCGUACAGGGGAAUCUCCUGCGCCAAAACUUUCAACCGGUGCAUCAUCUCUCCUUCCUUAACCUCUCCUCCCUCCAUUGCUCCCUCUGCUCAUCCAUCCAUGCAGCCCCCUCGGUUGUUUACAGGACUCCCAACAGUAUCCAGGAAUUAACUAAUGCUGAACGACUGAGCCAGAGCACACACAGGAGUGGACUGUACUCCCUUCUUUCGUGCUAACAAGCUAAAGUCAGCACCAAUGAGGAGGCUUUUGCACACUCUGCUAAUGGACUCGCAAUAAAGAUUCUGGAUUUUACAUUUGUUUGCAGGAGUGUCUUCACAAAUGACAACUUCAGGGCUUGAAACCCACAUAAAUUAGCCCACCAUGCUUUUGAAGUCAGGACUUUUCCUCUCUUUGUGUCUGUUUACCCUCCAAGCAAGUCAAAUCAAAGAUCCUCAUGACAAAGACUUUUCUGGACUCAGGGAUGUGAAGUACCGACACUUUCUAGAAGCCCCCAGACCAAUCAGACACACCACAGAUGUCAGAGCAGAGCAGGGCAGGCAUCGGACGAAAAGGUCAACAAUCUUCCAUACAGGUGUCACAGUGUGUCCGCAGGAGACGAUGAAAGAAGUCAUCAGCAGCCAUCGGACCUACUACAAACUCAGAGUUUGUCAGGAGGCAAUUUGGGAGGCAUUUCGGAUCUUCUUCGACCGAGUCCCUGACUCAGAAGAGUACAGAUCCUGGGUUUACACCUGCCAGCAUGAAAACCUCUGCAUGGAUGACCUGGCAAAGAACUUCAGCAGCGCUCAGGAGCAUCUUGAUAUGGUGGCCAGGAGAGUUGCCAUGACAGCUGAAAUUGAAGGAUUUGACGCUGGAACUCCAGAUCCAAACAGGGAUUGCACGUGGACGCCCCAUCUGCUUCUGCUACCAACUGAGGCCGAAGUGAUCCAAGAAGACUUGAAAAAGGAGAAUUUUGAGUACAUUGUGGAGUUCAGUGUCACCGUCGUUGACCCGGCAUACAACGACGUGUUGAGUGACCCAGAGGCUCUACAUACCAGUGAAAUAACACGAGAGCUCACAGACAAGAUGCUUCGUGUCUUUGAAAAAGUUCCAGGAUUCAAAGAGAUUCAAGUUCUGGGGUUUCGCUCUGACGAUGUGACAGUGCGAGUAGUCUUUAAUGGAGACACGGAGCUCACUGAUGAUGCUGAGGUUCUUGAGGAGCCAGACAUAGAUGAGGACGUUAAUGCUCCUAAACUGAAGUACAUCAUAGUGAGGGCCUUAAGAGAGGAACCGUCACUCCCGCUGGACAUAAGGACACUCAGCUUUGAGGCUGUUACAACAAUUUAUCCAGUUGCUGAGCUUGGCAUAAAUCCUAUUGACAGCAUUGUAUCUGGGGACUACACCACAUCAGCGCACACAGAGGACAAUACUCCCACUCAAAGUUUCCUCCCCACAGUGGCUGCAAUAGAAAACUACUCGGGUGCUUUUACAAGUGAACCAGAAACACACACCUUUGUGCCUUUCAUCCCAAACAUUGUCCCUGAAACUACACCUGCGGCCACUGAUGAGACUCUAAUGGCCUCUGUAGAGGAAUCCACAGAAGAUAGUGCAGAGGAGCCGAGUGGCGUCACAACACCAGACACCAAACUUGAUGAUGCGGCUGAGGCUGAACCUGAGGAACAGCUGAAAGACGGUGUUCCUGAACUGGAGGAUAGGGUCAAUGAGGACAAUCCUGCUGAGGUCUCCAAUGACCUGCCAGAGUUUACAGAUCCCACAGUUACUGAGAUGUCUGUCAUUGAAGUAACAGUCCCAGUCUACACCACAUCAUCUCCUGAGCAAGCUGUCCAAGAUUUACCUGAGCUAGAUGAGGGUUCAAACGAAGAGCAUUCUGCUGAGGAUACCAACACUUUGCCAGAUACUACGGCUGCCACAGUUUCUGAGCUGUCUGUCGUAGAAGUCUACACUACACCGUUUCGUGAACAAACUAUUCAAGACUUACCUGAGCUAGCUGAAGAUGAAAGAGGCGAACAUUCUGCUGAGGACACCAAUGAAUUGCCAGAAUCUACGGUUGCCACAGUAACACAGAUAUCUGUCACUGAAGCGGCAGUCCCAAUCUCGACAACUUCAUCUCCUGAGGAAACUGUCCCAGAUCUCUUUUCUGAUAUGUUUUUUUUUAUUUUAGAAGUACCUGUGCUUGCUGAUGUGGUCAAUGAGGAAAAUCCUGCUGAGAUAGCCAAUGACCUGCCAGAGUUUACAGAUCCCACAGUUACCGAGAUAACUGUCAUAGAAGCACCAGUCACAGUCUCCACACCAUCGUAUCAUGAGCAUGCUGUCCAAGGCAUUGAACCAGAUAUAGAUGAGGUGCUUUUGGAACCCCCUACAGAGAGCGGUGAAACCCCUGAAGACAGAGACGAGUCAAGUGGAGGGCACAGUGGAGUGACUUCGGCUUCAAUAGAGUUGCCUCUUGUGAACGCAAACAAUCAAGAGGAUGUAGGGAACAGUGGGGUGACACCAGUCUCAUUUGACCUGCCUUCGGACAACUCUUACACCCAAGAGGAGGUAUGGCAUAGUGGAGUGACACCAGUCUCCAUUGACCUACCUUCGGAGAACUCUUACACUCAAGAGGAUGUAUUGUCAAGUCCAAACAACACUGAGGCGGAAGUGACCAUAUCUCCAGAAGAAGGCAGCGGCAGCGGAUACCCCUCGGAGUCUGAUGAACGACCGUAUGGAUCCACAGCUACACCAGCCAUGAGACUAGCCAGCACCCCUCUGGUGACCACAGUGGAGAAGACCAAAGAGUUAGUGGUUUUCUUUAGCUUGAGGGUGACUAACAUGAUGUUUUCUGAAGACCUGUUCAACAAGAGCUCCCCAGAGUAUAAAUCCCUGGAGAAUACCUUUCUUGAGCUGACACAGCACUCUGGGUCCAGAAAAUCUCAAAACCCUGGAGCUUCCAGUAAAUCUGGGUUUGGGAGACAGACAACUUUAGCCUCCAUACCGCUUCUGCCAUAUCUACAAUCUAAUUUGACUGGAUUCAAGCACCUGGAAAUUCUUAACUUUCGUAACGGGAGUGUUGUGGUAAACAGCCGGAUGAAACUAGACAAACCUGUACCUUACAAUGUCACAGAAGCUGUUCACUGUGUGCUCGAAGACUUCUGCAGUGCGGCAUCCAAACGUCUGGACAUCGAGAUUGACAGUCGCUACUUGGAAAUUGAGCCAGCUGACGGAGCAGACCCCUGUAAGUUCCUGGCUUGCAAUGAGUUCUCACGCUGCGUGUUGAACCGUCGGACUGAUGAGGCAGAGUGUCUGUGCGAUCCGGGGUACAGCACCGUGGACGGCCUGCCCUGUCAGAGCACCUGCAUUCUGCAGCCAGACUACUGUCUGAACGGAGGCCUGUGUGAAAUAAUCCCCGGGCACGGAGUCAGCUGCAGGUGCCCUUUAGGUAAAUACUGGCACUACCAUGGAGAACGCUGCAACGAGAUGGUGUCAAUGCCAGUUGACCCUUCGCUUAUUGUAACCUGCCUCGUGGGAAGUCUCUGCCUUGUUUGUGCUAUCAUUGGCCUUUUGAUAUUCAUAAACAAGAAAUGUAUAAAACCCAAAAAGACCUUAACCCUGGUGAACACCCUUUCACCUUAUGCCUUUGAGAAUACUUUGAGGGUGAACCCAGUAUUUGAGAAUGAUGAUGGUGCCUUAAGUCAAGUAUCCACAUAUCCAUGUUCUUCAAGUUCUGCUUCUUCCCAACAGUCUGAACAGGAACAUUUUGCCACUAUUGAAAAUAUACAUCUGAGUAUCGAGAUCCCCAGACAGCUCUACACAACAAGAUCAGAAAAGUUAGUCUCAGAAAUGGUGGACUUCCAUCACUGUAUACCACACAAUGAGACUUGUCGUCGGCCAAAUGAAUACAGGACAUGCUGGUUCAUAAGGGCGUCUGAGAACGAAUGUUGUGAAGUCACGGAUGUCUGAUGACACCUUGGAGCAAAGGCCAGGGUGACGAAGCACAAAAACAAAGACUGAAAUGACUGUUUAACUGUAAACGGAGGCAUGCGAGAGUAGAGCAGAGAAAUGGUGAUUAAAGUGUUGAGAUUAAUUCUUCAUAGUGAUGAAAGUGUCUCUUUAGACAGAAAGCUAUGAAUGCUAAGUGGAACCUAACUUUUAUUCUAUAUGUUGAACGAUAGGAACAUUUCCUGUAUAGGGCUGGCAAAGGUUCUUCUUUCCUCACAAUGAGGUAUUUAUUAUUUACAAACCGAUACACAUGGUGGUAUCUCGAGCUUAGACUUUAAAAUGUUGUUUAUUUUAAUGCCAUUCUGAACCACUGUUGUGUCCCAAAACGAGAAUGAAUGUAUGAGCUGGUUAGAUGCUGAGCUGUAUUUCCAUCAGUCCGUCUCAUUUGAAACACCUCGUCCCACCAAUCAUGUCUCAUUUGUUUUUUACACAUUUUGCAUUUCAAGGCAAAGAAUAAAAAGUAUUUUUUUU